AUGAUGUGCGAGGGCUCCAUUGUCGGACCUCUGGGAACUGGUAAAUUUCGCAUCCCGCGGGAGGAGCUCCUGGCACUUGCAAGAUCGGCAGCAUGCAUGGCACAAACUUUUCAUGCUGUGGCUGCUGCUUUUCCAGGAGACCACAAGCGGCUGCCCGCAGGAGAAAGCCGGGUGCGGUCGCCGCAGACUUCAGGCGGUGUCCAACGCCGACUUGUGCAGCAGCAGCAGAGCAGCAGGGUUCCUGCAGUAUGCAAGAUGCACCACCCUGUUGGCGGGCGGCCAGUUGGCACCCAGUCUCGGUUCCAAAUUCUAGCACCUGAAUGGGCAGCCCCUGCGUGA